AUGAACUCCAAUCAAUUCCAGACUGCCGUGUCGAUUCUUUUCGUCACCUACAUUCUGUCUGAGCUUCCUUCAAAUCUAGUCCUCAAGAAACUACGCCCGUCACGUUGGAUCGCUUUCAUCACAGUCGCCUGGGGCAUCAUUGCCACUCUGACCGGAGUAGUCCAAAGCUAUGGCGGCCUAAUCGCAUGCCGUCUCCUCCUCGGUGCUGUUGAAGGAGGUCUUUUUCCCGGCAUGGCUGUCUAUCUCACCUUCUUCUACACCAAGCGUGAACUCGCCCUGCGAAUUGGAUAUCUUUUCGUCUCUGCCGCCCUUGCCGGCGCCUUUGGUGGACUACUCGCUUACGCAAUUGGCCACAUGGAUGGGGUAGGAGGUCAAUCUGGAUGGCGUUGGAUCAUGAUUCUCGAAGGCAUUCCCACCUUCGUCCUGGGCAUCGCAACGUGGUUCAUCCUACCCGAUAAUCCCGAGACAGCAUACUUUCUCAACGCUCAGGAAAAAGUAUACGCCGCUGCACGUCUCAAGCGACAGACCGGAUACACCAAGAAAGCAGCCGAAUUCCACUGGGACGAUGUAAGAAAGUGCUUCAAAGACUGGAAAGUGUGGUUGUUCUGCUUCGCGCAGUUCGGCUCGGACACUAUGCUUUACGGUUUCAGUACGUUCUUGCCUACGAUCAUUCGCAGUAUCAUGCCCAAGGCAAGCAAUGCCAUGGUCCAGGUGCUGACGAUUCCGUGCUAUGCGCUCGGUGCGAUCACGUACCUGGUAACUGCGCACUUCUCGGACAGGCAGCAGAAGCGCGCGUUUUACAGCAUCCUUCUCGGCAUCGUCAGUAUCAUUGGUGCCGAUCGUCCUCGCUUCAUCAAGGGCCAUGCGAUCACAAUGGCAAUGGUGGCAUUCGCGAUUAUAUGCUACGCAGUGCUAUGGUUCGCACUUGGACGUAUCAACACACGUCGUGAAAAGGGCGAAGAAGACCAUCUUAUUGCCGGUAUGAGUGAUGAGGAGGUUGCAGAAAUGGGAGAUGACAGCCCAAGAUUCCGGUACACUAUUUAA